CAGGGACUGUGCAGGCAAGAGGGGCCACGGCUGGCGGCAGCCUUGCUUUUCUUCGCUCCAGCUAUGCCCGCGUUUUCUUGAAUUUCCAGCGUACCUUACAGUAGCUUGCAUUAUCCUUCGCAAUGGCCUCGUCCAACGUCCGACAGUCGUCCUUUUGGAAGCGCACGCCUGCAUUCACGCCGUCCAGGGUGGAGCUCGUAUACAGCAGCACAGCGCACACGGACACCGCCGCCGACCUGGCGCCCAAAGCCAAGCAGCAGCCAGCAGCGGCACCAGAACCAGCAGCAGAGCCGGCAACAGAGCCAGAGCCACGCACAGCCGACCUCAACCCGCUAGCAGCAGCAGGGCCUCCCUCGCCACCAGUCUCCAGCACGCUGGAGGACAAGUUCCAGGCACUGCUGUCGUCGCCGCACGUGGACCUGGAGCAGCUCAAGAAGCUCAGCUGGAAGGGCAUCCCGUCCAGGCACCGGCGCACAGCAUGGCAGCUGCUUAUGGGAUACCUGCCGCUGAACGGCAGCCGUCGCGCAGCCACAGUGGCUCGCAAACGCAAGGAGUAUGCGGACUGGACCGCGCAGACGUUCCAGCGCGGCGAGGCGUCGCUGGACCGGCAGGUGUGGCACCAGAUCCGCAUCGACGUGCCACGCACGCGGCCUGAUUCGCCGGUGAUCCAGCACGUGCGCGUGCAGCGCAGCCUGGAGCGCGCGCUGUACUGCUGGGCGGUGCGGCACCCGGCUAGCGGCUACGUGCAGGGCAUCAACGACCUGCUGACGCCGUUCUACUGCGUGUUCCUGGGCGAGGCAGAAGUUGACAGUGUCUCGGACCAGGCGCUGGCUGAGACCGAGGCCGACGCGUUCUGGUGCCUGACGCGGCUGCUGGACGGAAUCCAGGACAACUACACGCAUGCACAGCCGGGCAUCCAGCGGCAGGUGGUCAAGCUGCGCGAGCUGGUGUCGCGCAUCAACCGGCCACUGGCCGACCAUCUCAGCGCCGAGGGCAUAGAGUUCAUCCAGUUUGCAUUCCGGUGGAUCAACUGCCUGCUGAUGCGCGAGGUCAGCCUGGCCAACACCGUGCGCAUGUGGGACACGUACCUGGCCGAGCCCGACGGCUUCUCGACCUUCCACAUCUACGUCUGCGCAGCUUUCCUGCUGCGCUGGGCCGCCGAGCUGAUGCAGCUCGACUUCCAGAAAGCCAUUCUGUUUCUGCAGAACCCGCCCACUGCCGCUUGGACCACGCAGGACAUUGAGCUGCUGCUGGCCGAGGCAUACAUGUACAAGUGCCUGUACCACGACUCGCCCAGCCACUAUGCGGCGACGGCCACGCGGCGCUGAUUUGAAAAUACAUGGUUCAAAAUAUUGGCAGAACAGUAAAAGAACAUUACGGCCGCUGGAGACGAGUCAGAGCACCCCCAGCGCUGAGCCCACCAGCCACGCCGCGCACGUGCCAGCCACGCCCAACCCCCACACGCUGGUCCGCACCAGCGGCAGCGCGGCGACCAGACCCACGGGCGCCAGCAGCGCACCAAAGGUCGAGAGCCACG